UUGAAUUUGAGUUGGAGAGGUAUUAGGCGGCAGAUACAUUUGCUUUGCCAAAAUGGAACUGAUUUCCUCUGCAAAAUCAACCCAACUCAUAUCCUUUGAAAAGUUGAAGACAAAAUAUAGUUAUCACCAUGCGGAAAAUAGUUCGCGGGAUUUUACUUUCCUCGGUAAACAGAAACUUUUCGUUGAAGCUAAUCGCACAUCGGGUUUUGAAAUGUUGCGGCUUAAACAGUUGGGAAAGAAAGGGAAUGAGAUUCAGUUGGUCCGGAAGAUGCGUGUGGAAAACUUGAACUGCCUCGGGUGUCCAAAGCAAGCGGUGGAUUUUGUCGCCUUGGGGUUGUCAAGUGGCCAGGUUGGACUUGUGAACUAUCGGAACAGCGAGUAUAUAGCGAAAUUUCCCGCAGAUGGACCCAGCAACGGAGUCAUAUUCUUGGACUUGAAUGCAUCGGAUGAAUAUUUAUCAACUGUGUAUGAGAAUGGUUUGAUCAACAUAUAUGGAUUGAAAACGAAGACAAAAUUGGAAUCACUAAAACUGGAUAAGAAUUCAACGCUAGCGAGAUUCCACCCAACAAAGCGGUUUCAUCUUUCAGUGGCUUCGUACACCGGCUCUGUGUACAUCUACGAUAUGCAAUCAAAGCGGAGAAUUUUCAGGACGACUGAUUCUCACGGGGCACCUUGUCGUGACCUUUGUACAUCUCCUUCAAAUCCCGACAUCCUUUUAAGUGUUGGCUAUGAUUGCAUUCUCAAUAUUUUCGAUAUACGCCGGAAAUUAUCUCCACAACAAAUCCGAAGUAACCACCCGCUGUCGUCAGUGUGCAUUUCAGAAUGCGGAAAAUAUUGUGUGACAGGAAAUUUGAAGGGGGAACUGAUAUCAUAUGAUUUGAGAAAUUUGAAGGAAUGUUUGGAGUGUAGUCUAGUGCAUGAUAGUGCGGUGGUUAGAGUUGGAUUUGUACCUUCAGAAGAGGCAACGGUAGAUGUGAGUAAUUUGGAGGCAGCUGAAAACAUUCUUACAGAAACACAAAACUUACCGAUUGAGGAAGCUAGCAAUGACAAACAAAGGAGAGAUUCUUUUCUGGACUUUAUCAAUUGUCAAUCAUUUAGAGCGCGGGAAUCGCUCGGAAGAAGAGACAGCUUCAAUUUACAGUGCUUAGACCGGAAGAACUACGACUUUGAUCCAAGAAUUAGUGUAGAUGGAAGAUCGAGUUUAGAUGCAAGGAUUAGUAUGGACCUAAAAUCCAUUAACGACAUGCUUCCUGAUGUGGCAGAUGGAGGAAUGCAUAACACAGUUGGCGGGAAGUUGAAAAUUCGACGUAGCUCUCUGGAUUGCUUACUGUCUGAGAAGAGGAUCAAGGAGAAAAUGAGAGAUGAUCUUAUAGAAGAAGAAGACGAAGUUUUCGAAGAACAAAAAAGUCUAGAUGAAAAGAAGUUGGAAGAGAGUUUAGGAGACAAUGGAGUUGAUAAAGAAAAUAUUUUGAAUAUAUCGCGAAAGGACAUCAAUUUCUUGAUAAAGUUACCAGAUGAUAAAAAUAGCACUCCCAAUGCUGCAACAAAGCGUUGCAGCUUGGACAAAGAUAAGGUUGUCCAAGAAAAUGCGAUGGUGAGCAGUGCAGAACUGAGAACAGUCCUAGAUGAGAUUAAGAGCUUGAGAGAGGAAAUGAACAAUAGACUGAAAAUGUUAGAAUUUGAAGUAAUUUUUCAUGCGGACAAAAACAAAAGUGAUUGCUUCAUGCAAAACUUUAAUCUGUGGAAGAGUCAAAUGAACGUCACUGAGGAUAUACGAUCGUUACUACUCAGCUUGGUGCAUGCCGACCCCUUCGUGACAGAGUUUAUGAAACUUCAAGAAGAGAACGAUCGGUUGAAAGAGACGAUUAACAAUCUUCGUAAACUUAGGUAGUGGAGAUUUAAUUUAUUCAUAUGUUAUUAUUUCAAUAUUGUAAUUGUAAAUAUAGUAUUUCAUACAAUCGAC